CGACCGCUCGCGGGGGAGCCAUGGCGAGAGGCCGCGCCGCGGCGCCCGCAACAGUGCCCGUGUCCGCAGCAGCGCCCCCGCCCGCCGCCCCGGGGCCCACCCGGCCGCCGCCCCCGCGCGCCCCGAGCCCUUGACGCCCGCGCGCCUCGAGCGAGGCGUCCCCCGGAGUGGGGCCGCGCGCGGGAGAGCCCGAGCGCAGCCGUAGCGUCCCGAGAGUCUCGAACGCCCCGACGACCCCCGCGUCUCGGAACCCGGGACUCCGAGCCCAGGAGCGCCAGGGCGGCAGGCGGGCAGCAGGAGGCGGCGGCACCAAAGCGGAGCUCCCGCGAGUGCCCCCGUGCUACCCGGCCGGCUGCAGCGGAGGGAACGGGAGCCGCCGUGCGGCCGGGGCCGGGCCGAGAACGACGCGGAGGAAGCCCCCACCGAGGCCCUCCGGCACCGCGCCUGCUGCCGGGUUGCGCUCCGUGCACCUCUUGCGGAUUCCCUGUAAGGAGCCCCUGCUGGUGCACCAGAACUACCGGGGGCCAUCUGCCCAACUGCCCCAGACUCUGGCAGUGGGGCCCCCGAUGGCAGUGGGCACCUCCCCGUGAAACCUGCCAAGCUGGACGCCACAGCUCUGCACGACGACACUUUGGCCAACUCCGUGCCCCCUUUGGAGGCAUGCAACCAUGCAGUCCUAGCCUGCAGCCCGGGCAUCCCUGAGGAACACUACAUAAGCGAGGCUGUGGAAGAUGCUCCCAGCUACAGAGGGUACCGGGAUGCCUGCACCAUUACUGAUGUGUGCAACAGCACCGAUCUUCCGGAAGUCGAGAUCAUUAGCCUGCUGGAGGAGCAGCUGCCCCAUUAUAAGUUAAGAGCCGACACCAUCUACGGUUAUGACCACGACGACUGGCUCCAUACACCUCUCAUUUCUCCAGAUGCCAACAUUGACCUCACAACCGAGCAAAUUGAAGAGACGCUAAAAUACUUCCUUUUAUGUGCUGAAAGAGUUGGCCAGAUGACUAAGACAUAUAAUGACAUAGAUGCUGUCACUCGGCUUCUUGAGGAGAAAGAGCGGGAUUUAGAAUUGGCCGCUCGCAUCGGCCAGUCGUUGUUGAAGAAGAACAAGACCCUAACCGAGAGGAACGAGCUGCUGGAGGAGCAGGUGGAACACAUCAGGGAGGAGGUGUCUCAGCUCCGGCAUGAGCUGUCCAUGAAGGAUGAGCUGCUUCAGUUCUACACCAGCGCUGCAGAGGAGAGUGAGCCCGAGUCCGUUUGCUCAACCCCGUUGAAGAGGAAUGAGUCGUCCUCCUCAGUCCAGAAUUACUUUCAUUUGGAUUCUCUUCAAAAGAAGCUGAAAGACCUUGAAGAGGAGAAUGUUGUACUUCGAUCCGAGGCCAGCCAGCUGAAGACAGAGACCAUCACCUAUGAGGAGAAGGAGCAGCAGCUGGUCAACGACUGCGUGAAGGAGCUGAGGGAUGCCAAUGUCCAGAUUGCUAGUAUCUCAGAGGAACUGGCCAAGAAGACGGAAGAUGCUGCCCGCCAGCAAGAGGAGAUCACACACCUGCUAUCGCAAAUAGUUGAUUUGCAGAAAAAGGCAAAAGCUUGCACAGUGGAAAAUGAAGAACUUGUCCAGCAUCUGGGGGCUGCUAAGGAUGCCCAGCGGCAGCUCACAGCCGAGCUGCGUGAGCUGGAGGACAAGUACGCAGAGUGCAUGGAGAUGCUGCAUGAGGCGCAGGAGGAGCUGAAGAACCUCCGGAACAAAACCAUGCCCAAUACCACGUCUCGGCGCUACCACUCGCUGGGCCUGUUUCCCAUGGAUUCCUUGGCAGCAGAGAUUGAGGGAACGAUGCGCAAGGAGCUGCAGUUGGAAGAGGCCGAGUCUCCAGACAUCACUCACCAGAAGCGUGUCUUUGAGACAGUAAGAAACAUCAACCAGGUCGUCAAGCAGAGAUCUCUGACCCCUUCUCCCAUGAACAUCCCCGGCUCCAACCAGUCCUCGGCCAUGAACUCCCUCCUGUCCAGCUGCGUCAGCACCCCCCGGUCCAGCUUCUACGGCAGCGACAUAGGCAACGUCGUCCUCGACAACAAGACCAACAGCAUCAUUCUGGAAACAGAGGCAGCCGACCUGGGAAACGAAGAGCGGAGUAAGAAGCCAGGGACGCCAGGCACCCCAGGCUCCCAUGACCUGGAGACGGCGCUGAGGCGGCUGUCCCUGCGCCGGGAGAACUACCUCUCGGAGAGGAGGUUCUUUGAGGAGGAGCAAGAGAGGAAGCUCCAGGAGCUGGCGGAGAAGGGCGAGCUGCGCAGCGGCUCCCUCACACCCACUGAGAGCAUCAUGUCCCUGGGCACACACUCCCGCUUCUCCGAGUUCACCGGCUUCUCUGGCAUGUCCUUCAGCAGCCGCUCCUACCUGCCUGAGAAGCUCCAGAUCGUGAAGCCGCUGGAAGGUUCUGCCACCCUUCACCACUGGCAGCAGUUGGCCCAACCUCACCUUGGGGGCAUCCUGGACCCCCGGCCCGGUGUGGUCACCAAGGGCUUCCGGACGCUGGAUGUUGACUUGGAUGAAGUGUACUGCCUUAACGACUUUGAAGAAGAUGACACAGGGAGGUGCAGCAGCAUCCUGGCAGUCAGUGGUGACAUGCGGAGAGCCCACGGGUCCAGGCGUCCUGGUGCGCACCAUCCUGGGAAGUGCAUGUCUCAGACCAACUCCACCUUCACCUUCACCACCUGUCGCAUCCUGCAUCCUUCAGAUGAGCUCACUCGGGUCACACCAAGCCUUAACUCAGCCCCAACUCCAGCUUGUGGCAGCACCAGCCACUUGAAAUCCACACCGGUGGCCACACCAUGCACUCCACGGAGACUGAGCCUGGCUGAGUCCUUCACUAACACCCGUGAGUCCACGACCACCAUGAGCACAUCCCUGGGGCUUGUGUGGCUGUUGAAGGAGCGGGGCAUUUCUGCUGCCGUGUACGACCCCCAGAGCUGGGACAGGGCCGGCCGGGGCCCCCUCCUGCACUCCUACACACCCAAGAUGGCUGUGAUCCCCUCUACUCCGCCGAACUCGCCUAUGCAGACACCCACAUCCUCCCCACCCUCCUUUGAGUUCAAGUGCACGAGCCCUCCCUAUGACAAUUUCCUGGCUUCCAAGCCAGCCAGCUCCAUCCUGAGGGAAGUGAGAGAAAAGAACGUCCGCAGCAGCGAGAGCCAGACCGACGUGUCCGUCUCCAACCUCAACCUCGUGGACAAAGUCAGGAGGUUUGGGGUGGCCAAAGUGGUGAACUCAGGGCGAGCCCAUGUCCCCACCUUGACUGAGGAGCAGGGACCUCUUCUCUGUGGGCCCCCGGGGCCAGCACCAGCCCUUGUCCCCAGAGGCCUGGUACCUGAGGGCCUGCCCCUCGGAUGCCCCACUGUCACCAGUGCCAUCGGUGGGCUGCAGCUCAAUAGUGGCAUCCGGCGGAAUCGCAGCUUCCCCACCAUGGUGGGAUCUAGCAUGCAGAUGAAAGCUCCCGUGACUCUCACCUCAGGCAUCUUGAUGGGUGCUAAGCUCUCCAAACAAACUAGCUUACGGUGAGGACUGGAGGGGGGCCAGUUGCCCUAGAGGAGACCCAUGUUCUCCUCUCUUGCUCCCACCUCCCUUUCUUCCCCCCACAGUGCACUCCCUCCCUCUGCCCUUCUCUGUCCACCCCCUCCUGAGCUAGACAAAUCAACCUCGUGCCUAAUGGAGGAAGUGUGGAAACUUUGUAAAAUGUGUACAUAGGACUUGGAGACCUCGUGUCCGCCCUGCUCUUUCUUCCGGUCCCACAGGAAGUGCCCCUGCACUGUCAUCACUCUCAUGAGGACGUCACCUGUGCUAACCUGGGGGAAGGUGGGGUCCUUUCUUCUUUCCUUUUGAGAAGCACUGAAACUCCCAAGUGUGUUCUUAUCCCAUGGAUAGGAACCAGUGAAUUCCGUGGCUGGCACACCACGAGCUGUCACGCGGCACGGGUCAUAACACAUCUGGGUGUCAUCGGACACCUCACCUCGCCCACCCUGUAGGAGCGUAAGGAGCCUCCAUCAGCCACGUGCAGCUGACGUGGCUUUCCUGAUCGGAGGGCUUUUCUUUCUUUUAUGGGUGGCCCAGCUUCUUCAAGACCUUCACUACUCUGCCUCAGUGGACAGUCGUUUCUUUUUUGAGGUGUGACCUUUUGUUUUCAUGCCUUCCCCUUGAAGUCAUCCUGUGUUUUGUAAUCAGCUGUCAGGCCAAAUGUCUGACCCGAAAGAGAAUGUAUUUACACUCGUGCUGCGUUGUUCAGCAGCCCCUCUGUGUUCUGUGUGAUUUGUUUUAUUUUUCCUUUUUUUUAAAUAUAUAUAUGCAGGGAAGUAAUGGUACUGGUAGUGUAUGUUUUCUAUGUGGUUCAAAUAUGAAUUUCAAACACACCAAGCCGCUAAUGAGAUAGCAGCUUUUUUCUGGGACCCAGAGUCACAACCAAAUUGAUUUAAGACCGGACCCAAGACACCUUUAACAAUAGGACUGAAAAGAAAAAGGAUAGGGAAAAAGCUUAUUAAAGAAAUAUGUCAACACCAAACGUAGAGGGGAAGAACCACAGCCAGGCAUAAUACCAAACUAGUUCCAGGGGGAAACAAGGCUUUGGCAUUCCACUGGCUCCAGCGCGUUUUCUGAAACCUGAGGCUGGCCAGGGUGCUGUCACCGUACAGUCUUUGAUUGCAGCCAUUCAAUGCCCACGUGUUUUGCCUUCUUGUUUCAGAACAGCACAUGGUCACAACAAGAUAUUUUCUUUCCCUCCAAAGCCUUUUGUCUCCUUGUGCCACUUUUUAUCCUUAGGAAAAGAUCCAGGUGCUUGUGAAAAGAAACAUGAAUGCAACAAGGGAGGCUGGUCCUGUUGCUGUCGCCGAUUAAGUUUUAAACUUUUAUUUAUUAUUUAUGUCUGCUGUAUUUUAAAUAAACAUUCUCAUUCCUUCCAGUUCCAGUCAUAGUGUGUCUGUGGCAUUCCAGUCCAACCACGUGACUUAUUUAUUCUAAUUUGAGGGCUGCACUGUACACCAUGGUGUCCCGUGACACUGUGUUCCAGACAUUUAUGGAAAGAAAACAUCCCAUAUAAAUGAAACUGUCAUUCUGUGUCCUCCCCCGCAGCAGAAGAUCUGUCCUUCCAUGAGUGAGGGUAACCUUAUGUCCACCAAGGAUACUUUGAGAAAGCCCCUAAGGAGCAAGCCUCAGUCCCACGGCUUCAGACUAUCUAUUCUCUGAACACAGGAGUAUUGGUUAAUUACAUUCUCAGCUCUCCUUGCUGUUGUAUGUGUGCAUUCACUGCAAGUAACUUAUAUCUUUUUAUUUGAAUGUAUUUUAAAGCAGUAGAUAGAAUAACAAAGGAAUAUGAAAACCAUGGACUGAAUGGACCAUUUUAUGUAUUCAGAGAGAGAAGCCACUCAUCAUUGCCAGAAAUACCAUGUAAAAAUUGGCAGUUCAGAGGUUGCAAUAUUUAGUAUAGUAAAUAAAUAAACGGUCAACAUUGUGCAACCACUACCAAAAAGUGUGUUGUAAUGCAUCACAAAUCAACAAAAUUUUAUUCACUAAUGAGUAUCAAUAAAAUAAGUUCAAAUGAUGGAAACCA